AUGAUUCCAUCAUCCAGUGUAACGAUGGCUUCAACAGCUUUGCAAAAUUUAUUAAAAAUGGAACGAUUGCUUCAUAAUCUGUUUGAUUCCGCUGAUUGUACUGAUCAACAUUUACUGCAACGAUUAACAUUACGUGAACGCACUCAGCAUUGUGUGGAUCGAUACACGGAUGUAUCAUUUUUGAUGGAACCAUUGUCAACUGUUCUGAUUGAAGAACCGUUUUUUAACGUUGAACAAAAAAUUCCGCUAACUGAUCUUGAUCCCCCAGAAAUAAUCGUACCUUGGAAAAAUUAUACGGCAUCGAGACGAAGUUGUACUGAAGUUUAUUUAUCAUUAUUGGAAGGCCUCACAGCUGUCACCUUUGUUUGUCCUUCAUCAUUGCAGUCAAGCUUAUUGCGAACUAUUGCUGACUUAAUCAUAGGGCAAAUGGAUACUAAAUUCGGUAUUAAUUUUGGUGUAUAUAAUUUAUCAGUAUUCGUUUUUCCAAUGCUGCAACAAUGGAUGCGUAAAGAUGCAGCAAAACAUGAAAAUAAUUUAAAACAAGCAAUUGGAUUAUUCACAGAAGUCGUCAAGCAAUACUUAGUACAAACAAAAGAUAAUCCAUGGGUUAAUCGAACACUUUUUGAUACGUUAAUUUUGUUAACGGAAUGUAUUACGUGUGCACGAAAUCGUAUUGCACGUUUGGGUUACGCAUGUUUGCGAUUCCUGAUCAGAUCUUCCAUUCAUUCGUUAACAACUGAGCAAUGGACAAUUAUCGUACGUUCAUUGUGGAAUGCAACAAGUUUAACCCUAGCGCAUCUACGACUUUUAAUUCAGUAUUAUGUCGUUGAUUCAAAUGAUCCAAACGGUGAUCUUGGUAAUGUUUGUAUAGCAGCUGUUGAAAAUUCAAAAUUUUCAUGCGAAACGCUAUUAUUAGCUCGACAGAUCUUCUUAAUGGAUGAACAGAUCUGUUCAGUGACAGAAGUGGAAGAAACGAGGAAACGUGAAGUGAUACUUUGUAACAACGAUGGAAUCAAACAAAGAAUUCUUGGUGAUGAACUAGUUAAUAUUCUUAUCAGUCAUCAAUAUAUUUUGGAACUAAUUGGUACCUUAUUACUAAAUGGGAUCGAUUUACCAGUAGAUGGACAAACUGCUGCAUUUUUGAAAAAAUUUAAUGAGCAAACUGAAAGUGACAACGAAUGUAAUUUGCAUAAACUGUCGCCGGAAGAUAUUAUUAUUCUGUUUUGUUGUUUAGAUGGAUCACUUUUAGUUGCAAGAAAUUUUGAUAAACGUUCAGGCUUAAAAAUGCUUAUCCAAGGGUUGUAUGACUUCCCAGUACUUCCAAAUUUAUGCAAGCAAAUAGUCUUAGCUUGGACGAUACGUUCACUAGCAAUGUAUGAAAUGGUACGGAAAUGUCCAUUGAAAAAAGAAGUAAUCGUUGAAUAUUUAUCAUCAUCAGAUGGAAAUGUAAAAGAUGACAAAUAUUACAUCAAACAGCUUCAAUUAUGUCAUCGUGAAGUAUGCAUGUAUUUAUGUAACUUAGAGAAGAAACUAUCUACGGAAGCAUUACGUUAUUUAGCGAGAUCGCAUAUUACUCCGCAAAUUACUCUCAUUCGUAACGAUGUAUUGGAUGAGAAUUUGUACAAAUUGGUAUCCUCUGAGCAAACAACCGAAAUUAUUUCUGAUUACAGACGUUCAAAGAUUGCACAAACGUUGGUACCACCAACAAAAUACGGCAAUCCAUUUAAAAGUGAUAAUGAACAACACCAAAUCACCGCAGAGGAAAAACUCAUUCUCUCUGAUGGAGAAACACGAUGCUGCGCAUGGACUGAAAUGUCUCUGGCAAUCCUGGAAGCAUGCUUGCGUGAGGAAAACGAACAACUUGAGAAACUUUUACCUAUAUUUUAUGAAAAUUCAGCAAUACUCAUUUCCGGUUCAUGCAAUAUGCGGGUACGUGAAUUUGCUGGACGACUCCUUCGUAAAAUUUCCAAUUUUCACCGUUUUUCAUGA